AUUCGCGCGCGAAAAAAGUUCAAGACGUCGAACGCGGUGGUGGAUAUCCUGAUCCUAAUAACCCAUUUAUAGAUAGUAAAGAAGACACAACCAAUGGAGGAGGAUAUUGGAUUAACCAUAACAAUAAUCUUCUAAACUAUGAUCUCCCAUUACCCAGUGCGCCUCCCGCUUCCGAUCUAAAAUCAUCUUUUGAUGAUGACGGUGAAGAAAGAACAUAUGAGGAUAAUAAUAGCAGGGCACAUAGUCCUCCAUCUCCGCCGAGUGCUGAUAGCGGCAAUACAUCACCAUAUAAUGAAUACAAUGAUAAACAAAUGCUAGAACAAGAGGAUGAAGCAUAUGCGCGUCAAUUAUUUCAUGAAGAGAAUGAACAAUUUUAUCGAAGACCUCUGAAUGCUCCUGCUAUUGAUGGCAGGAACAGUGGUAUAAUUCCAUUGAUUGAUCCUCACAAUCCAAAUUUGAGAAGACCAUCACGGAAACCAAGAACAUGGCGACCAUGGUUCACUUGGAUAGUUUCUAUCAUACAAGUUAUUGUGUUGAUUUUUGAAUUCAUUAAUAAUAAUAAAAAUACUGGAAGUUUUAUUCAAACCAGUCCUUUUAACCCAAUGAUUGGCCCUUCGGCAGGAACUUUGAUUUUAAUGGGUGCACGUUUUGUGCCAUGUAUGCGUGUUGUCCAAUCACUUGAAAAUGUUCCAUUUGCAUGCCCUGAUAACUCAACUAAAAUCUGCAGUUUAGAUGAUAUUUGUGGGUUUGGUGGUUUUCAUGGAAAAGAUCCUGAUCAAUGGUAUCGAUUCAUCUUACCGAUAUUUAUUCAUGGUGGAAUAGUUCAUAUCUUGUUCAAUUUACUGUUCCAAAUUCAGACGGGAACGUAUGUUGAAAAAAAUAUUGGAUUUCCUCGUUAUGGUAUAAUUUAUAUGGCAAGCGGGAUAUUUGGUUUCAUUUUUGGUGGUAAUUUUGCACAGGCGACAGUUCCUUCAAUGGGUGCAUCAGGCUCAUUAUUUGGAAUAAUCGGAUUUCUAUUGCUUGAACUAUUUCAUAAUUGGAAGGAUAUUGUAAACCCAUGUUGGGAGCUGACAAAAUUAUUAUUAAUGGUCGGCAUCACAUUUCUACUCGGUCUUCUACCGGGACUCGACAACUUUUCACACAUCGGUGGAUUUGUUAUGGGCAUAAUAACCAGCCUUAUCCUAAUACCGGGCAUUAUUGACGCUUCGAAACUGCAAAAACGUGCAACACUGUUCCUUAGAAUAGUCGCCUUACCGAUCGCCAUAUUAUGUUUUGCGGUGUUAAUUACAAAUUUUUAUUCUGGGGAUCCGGCGCAGAAGUGUCCGUGGUGCAAAUAUUUGAGUUGUUUGCCAGUGAAUGGAUGGUGUGAUUUUACUGGUCUUAGCAAUACUACGACGACGACAACCAAUCCAGGGUCUUGA